AUGUGGGAAUUUUUUGAUCCGGUGAUGAUAGAGAUUGAAGAACAGAAGAAUAAAAACAAAUGCAAUGCUCUGUAUGAAAUACUUGGUACACUGAGCAUGGCUAGUGUAAUAUAUUCUUUGUAUUGUCACCAUGGUUCUUACAUCAUCGGCGCCAUUGUUGUUACAGGCGUCUCUGCCUUUGAUGUUUCUAAAUUGUAUCAAAUGAUCAACAGGGAAACCGAGGUAAAAAUUGAAACACGGCAGUAUCGUUAUAUACCCUCCCGAUUAAAAUCCACGUCUGAACCCAAAUCCGCCAUAUUGCUUUGGGUGUUUGUCACCGUUUGUUUCGCAUAUUCAGUGGGUAAUAAUUAUGCAGCAGUAGCAAAUUAUCCUUAUCUCCUGACGAAUUGGGCACUGCCUCCAGAGGGAUUUUAUGAAGGGUGGACUGUGCGAAGUAGUAUUAACGAUUACAUGAUGGCUGCUUAUGUUAUAUGUAUUACAGAAGCUUUUCGACAGACAUAAAUAUUUAUUUAUUGGAAUA